AUGAGCAAGAUGAGCCCGGUCUUCCAAGAGGAGAGCUCCUCGGAUCUUCUGGACACAGCACAUCCAGAGGACGUGGACGGCCAGGAGGAUUGGGCGCCAGCGUCGCCCUCCGGCCCCGGACCUUUGGCCAAGAAGAUGUGGCAGUGCGCACGGCGCGGGGUGAGGAGCGAGGAGGUGUGGUCCCGCUUUGCGCAGCGCGUGCUGAUGACGGGCACCUUGGCCUCCGCCAACGAUGUCUCGCUGAUCUUCCGCGCCUUCGCACGGAUCAAGUACCGGGACGUGAAGGCCUUGGACACCCUGUCGCCCUUCAUCUUGAGGCACAUUGAUUCCUUCCCAACGCAGGAGCUGGUGCUGAUUUUGUCGGCUCACAAGAAGUUGGAGUACGAGCGCACCGACAACAUCCAUCUGCUCCUGAGCGUCAUCUGCCAGCGAGGGGAGGAAUGGACCGGGCUGCAUCUGGCCCUUACCAGCAACGCGGUUGCGCACUUUUACAUCUACCGCCCUCGCUUUUGGCGAUUGGCCGGCAUGUCGCUGAUCAAGCUCCUGUGGACGAUGAGCCCUUUGGAGCUCACGAUCCUGGUGGCGGCCAUGGCCCGCGUGGACCGGCGGGACGAGAAGGCGCUGCUGCUCAUCGCCAAGAUGUGCUGCCGCUUCGGGCAGCGACACCUCUUCAACCAGGUCACCCUGGCGACCACUCUGAACGCCUUCGCCAAGCUGGAUUUUAACCAUGCGCGGCUGUCAAAAGCGCUGGAAGAUGCGGUGGUUGCUAAGCUGAAGGCGGCCCUGGAGCUGGGGCCGGACUACCGGAAGUCCUUGAACCUCAGGGAGCUGGACCUCUUUGAUAUGCAGGCGCUGGUCCUGCUCUUUCGGUCCAUGGUGGUCGUCGUCGGCACCUCCGACGAGGUCGCCGAGAUGCUGCUGACGCUGCUGGCCUGGUCUCAGAACGAGUUCACCACCUACCAGCGCCGGGUCCUAAAGACCAGCGCCAUCGCCUUCCGGAGGCUGCACCCAGAUCUUUCUCGCCGCCUGAGCCGGGAGAACCGGGAGGCACUGCAGUUCUUUGAGAAGACACAGGUGAAAGUGAACACCACAGAGUCUCGGUGGAUGGUGGAGGUCAAACAGACCUUGCGGAAGAUGGACAUCACCGUUGAGCUCAAGCCCCUCAUUGACGACCAGGUGCUGGAUAUGUACUUGCCGGUCAGCAAGGCAGUGGUGUGUGCAGUGGGGCCUUACAGUUACUACGCGGGGACAACCAACCGAACGGCAUACAGCAAGUUGCACCAGAAAGUCUUGGAGUUGGAGGGCUACACCUGCAUGCCGGUGCCGUACUUUGAGUGGUCAGAGCUGAAGACUGAAGAGGACAAGAUGGUGUAUUUGUGGUCACUGGGGCGGAAGGCGGCUGGAAGGAACAAGAAGGUCAAAGUUUCGGCGGACGCUCACCCGGCCGACGUCACCGACUUUGAGCAAUCCGAUCUGCUUGACAUCGGAGCGCAGUAA